AUGGCGGCGGCGGCCGUCGGCAUCAGCAGGACCAGCGCGGCGGGGGCGGGAAGCACCAACAGCAGCGAGUUCCGCUUCUUCCUGUCCUGCGACAUCAGCCUCCCCCUCACCUUCCGCGUCCUCCAGGCCCCCAUCCCGCCCCCCGCUCAAGAUGGUCUCGACAAGAAGGUCUCGGAGCUCUUCGUCGAGUGCAAGCUCUACAUCGACGGCAUCCAGUUCGGCCUUCCCGUCAACACAAGGCUCGAAUCUUCAGGACCGCCAUACUGCUGGAACGAACUCAUCACGCUGUGCACCAAAUACAGGGACCUAACCUCCCUCGCGCAGCUCGCAUUCACGGUUUGGGACGUGUCAUCUGGUGAGGGCAAAAGUGUUGUUGGUGGAGCCACCAUAUUUCUGUUCAACAGCAAGAAACAGCUUAAAACAGGGAAGCAGAAGCUGCAGCUAUGGCCCCAAAAGGAGGCAGAUGGAAGAGUACCUACCACAACCCCUGGCAAGGUUCCUAAGAAUGAGCGAGGGGAGAUUGAGCGGUUGGAGAGGCUCGUUAACAAGUACGAGAGAGGGCAGAUACAACAUGUGGAUUGGCUGGACCGUCUGGCCUUCAGUGCGAUCGACAAAGUUAAGGAGAAGGAGUGUGAAAGGCUGGAGAAUUCUUUCCCGAGCCUGGUUGUUGAAUUCUGUAGUUUUGAACACAGAGUUGUCUUCCAGGAAUCUGGAGCGAAUUUCUAUGCACCAACCCCUGUAUCAUUAUCAAACGAGCUUGUUACUGUGUGGGAUCCUGAACUUGGACGAACCAACCCAUCUGAGCACAAGCAGUUAAAGCUUGCCAGGAGCUUGACUCGUGGAAUAAUUGAUAAAGAUCUGAAACCGAGCUCAAAUGAGCGAAAGUCACUUCAAAGAAUCAUCAAAUGUCCUCCUACACGGACUAUACUGCCAGAUGAGAAGCAAUUGGUGUGGAAAUUCCGUUUCUCUUUGAUGUCUGAGAAGAAAGCUCUUACAAAGUUUCUCCGCUCAGUGGAUUGGAGCGAUAUCCAAGAAGCUAAACAAGCUGUUGAAUUGAUGGGAAAGUGGGAAACAAUUGAUGUGGCUGAUGCAUUAGAGCUUCUCUCAUCAGAUUUUAAAAGCGAGGAAGUCCGUGCUUAUGCUGUGAGCGUACUUGAAAGGGCUGAUGAUGAAGAAUUGCAAUGCUACUUACUCCAGUUAGUGCAAGCUCUUCGAUUUGAACGAUCGGACAAGUCACGCCUGGCACACUUUCUUGUAAACCGCGCUUUAUCAAACAUUGAAAUUGCUAGUUUCCUUCGCUGGUAUGUGGUUGUUGAGCUCCAUGAUCAUGCAUAUGCAAAACGAUACUACAGUACGUAUGACAUGCUUGAAGAUGAAAUGAUGAAAAUGAUUGCUAGGGAGGAUGGCGAUGAAGAUGGGUUUCGACUGUGGCAGAGUUUAUCACGCCAAACGGAACUCACUGCUCAAUUAUGUUCUAUUAUGAAGGAUGUAAGAAAUACUCGUGGUAAUGCAGAAAAGAAAAUCGAGAAACUGAGACAGUUGUUAUCAGGAGUUCACAGUGAGCUUACCCACUUUGAUGAGCCAAUUCGUUCACCAUUAGCACCUACACUUCUCCUUACUGGUGUUGUGCCUCAAGAGUCGUCUAUAUUCAAGAGUUCCUUAAUUCCAUUGCGCCUUACAUUUAAGACGGCAAAUGGGGGAACGUCCAAGAUGAUUUUCAAAAAGGGAGAUGACCUCCGCCAGGAUCAAUUGGUCAUUCAAAUGGUCUCUUUAAUGGACCGAUUGCUCAAACUAGAAAACAUGGACUUGCACCUUACUCCAUAUCAAGUUCUUGCAACUGGACAGGAUGAAGGGAUGGUUGAAUUCAUUCCUUCCAGCCCGCUUGCACAGAUUAUAUCAGAACAUCGCAGUAUUACAAGUUACCUGCAAAAGUUCCAUCCUGAUGAAGAUGGUCCUUUUGGUAUAACUGCCCAAUGCUUGGAAACUUUUAUAAAAAGUUGUGCUGGUUACUCUGUCAUUACAUACAUUAUGGGUGUUGGAGACAGGCAUCUAGAUAAUCUUCUUAUAAGAGAUGACGGGUGCCUUUUCCAUGUGGACUUCGGUUUUAUUCUGGGUCGAGAUCCAAAGCCAUUUCCACCUCCAAUGAAACUAUGUAAAGAAAUGGUCGAGGCCAUGGGUGGCACAGAAAGCCAAUACUAUACAAGAUUCAAGUCCUACUGCUGCGAAGCAUACAACAUCUUAAGGAAUAACAGCAGCCUUAUACUGAAUCUCUUCACGUUGAUGGAAAGAUCAAGUAUUCCAGAUAUCUCUACCGAGGAAAAUGCGACCCUUAAGGUUCAGGAGAAAUUCCGGCUGGAUCUGGACGAUGAGGAGGCUAUACAUUUCUUCCAGGGCCUUAUCAACGAUAGUGUCAGCGCAUUGUUCCCUCAAAUGGUUGAGACCAUCCAUAGAUGGGCUCAAUAUUGGCGAUGA